AUGUCCACCACUCUCGCCCCAUACAAGGUCGAAUUCCUCAAAGCAGCCAUUGAUGGCGGGAUCCUCAAAUUCGGAAGCUUCGAGUUAAAAUCCAAACGCAUUUCUCCCUACUUCUUCAACGCCGGAAACUUCUACAGCGCGAAUCUCCUCCGCGCAAUCUCUACUGCAUAUGCAAAGACGAUUAUCGAAGCCAGCACGUCCUCAACCCCCCUCGAAUUCGAUAUCCUGUUUGGACCCGCGUACAAGGGAAUCCCAUUGGCGUGUGCUACAGUUGACAAGUUAGCGGAUCUGCUGCCGGAAAAGUACGGGAAGGUGUGCUAUAGCUUUGAUAGGAAAGAGGCGAAGGACCAUGGUGAAGGAGGCAAUAUUGUUGGUGCGCCAUUGAAGGGGAAGAGGGUCCUGAUUGUGGAUGAUGUUGUGACUGCUGGAACGGCGAAGAGGGAAGCCAUUGAUAAGAUCCGAAAAGAGGGCGGUAUCGUUGUCGGUAUUCUGGUGGCGUUGGAUCGAAUGGAGAAGCUGCCGGCGCCAAACGGGGAUAAUCCAAGUACACCUAUGCCCAGUGCAAUCGGAGAGAUCAGAAAAGAAUAUGGCAUCCCGGUCCUGUCGAUACUGACGCUGAAUGAUAUUAUUGGGGGCUUGAAAGGAAAGAUUUCGGAGGAGGACAUUAGACAGAUGCAGGAGUACAAAGACAAAUACAGGGCAAGUGACUAG